AUUAGCACGCGCUUAUCAGCUGCCCGUUCUGCAAGAUUCGAUAACAUUACGCACCGAUACAGUACGCGGCCGGCACUGCGCUUCAUCAACCUAUGACAAGCUUGCAGCUUGUUUUCGUAAAACUCGUUAUAAUAAGUUUUAUAGUGUCUGAGACUGUUUAUCCGUAGUCUGUUUCAUUCGGGCACCACAUGUGACGGUAGGUUUUGUUAUGAAUAAGCGGACCGCGCUGGAUUGUUCGCCAUGUGGACAGCAUUAGUGUUAGUGUUGUGAGUUUGUGAAGAUAUGUCUUUGCAUCCGUUUCAAUUUCCACCGGAGAGUUAUUCGGCAGUUUACAGUCAUGAGCACGACGUGACAUGCGGUGCUAAUGUGGACUGCAAACCAGUGAACUGGGAGACAAUAUGUGAUGUUUCGUCACCAAUAUCCACCGUGUCAACACAUCCAUCCUUGUUCAGCUGUUUCUACUGCGCCUUUCAGAAUGGAAUCAGAGCCAUUAAGAAGGAUAAACGCGCUUCGAAAAGCAAGGUUGCUGCUGGUAAAGAUGAAGACCGCUGGCGUAGCAAGAACGAGGGUGCUCUCUUCAAACGUUGGAAACGUGCGGCACCUUCGGUGGAGCCUGCUCCUCCAAUGCCAGCUCCAACCACUCCAACCUCGCAACCUUCAGAUCUACUCAAAUUCUUAGCUAUUAAUGCACUAGAGCUUUCAGCACCUGCAUCUGAUGCGCUGUUGAAAACUCGAUCAUCGGAAUGGUUCCAACUUUCCGGUCAUCCCGGAUCCCUGGCCCCAGCCGGCCCUGGCACUGUGUGGAAGCGCCGUGCUGUCGGCGACCACCCGUCACACAAUCCAGAACGAGACGCCUACGAGGCACUGGCCGCAUGCCCCCACAUGCGAUCUGCGAUUCCUCGCUACUAUAGGGAACUCGAAUAUGGCGGUGAACACUUCAUUGAACUGCAAGACUUGUUGCACGGUUUCCGGGACCCGCAUGUCAUGGACAUCAAGAUGGGAACACGUACUUUCCUUGAAGAAGAAGUAAGCAACGCCCGAGCCAGACGUGAUCUUUACGAGAAGAUGGUUCGUCUCGAUCCCAGUGCACCCACCGAAGCUGAACACGCGGCUCGCGCUGUGACUAAACUAAGAUACAUGCAAUUUAGAGAGAACAGUUCGUCGUCCGCUGAACAAGGCUUCCGUAUCGAGGCUGUCAAACUUCCAGGACAACUACCGCUCACUGAUUUGCAAAAAGUACGAGAACCAAAGCAUCUCGCCUCAACAGUAGCAAGGUUUAUCGGUAAAGAUGAACGAGCCCGUACCGCGAUAGCAUCUCGUCUUCGUGAAAUAAGAGAUCUUUUUGAAAAGUCGGACUUUUUCAAGACUCAUGAAAUCGUUGGAAGCAGUAUAUUCAUUAUUUAUGACGAGGAACGCGUUGGCGCGUGGCUCAUUGAUUUUGCAAAAACGAGGAGUUUGCCGGAGGGCGUCCACGUCACCCACCGCAAGCCAUGGGAGCAAGGAAACCAUGAAGAAGGUUUCCUUUAUGGAUUAGAUAGACUUAUAGAAACUAUAGAAACAGCCAAAUUACCUGAAGUGUGCUUGGAGCCAGAUGUGUCUCGCUGAAGGUCAGUCGUUCUGUCCUUGGACUCGCCUUGCGGUCUCUGCACCGACAGCCUGACGCACGCCAAGAGUGCUCGUUUUUCGCGCCUCAAAGGGCCACGGAGUUGUACACAAAUAAUCGCUAUGUGUCAAAGUAAAAAUGUUUGCAGAAUGAUUAUAAUCUAGUCCUUAAAUUCUUUAUUUUUAAGCUAAUAAUAUGAUAAUUUAAAUGAUUUUUAA